UUAUUUUUUUUUGAUUUUCUGUUAUCAUAUCACACAAAAUUUAUUUAAAAAUUAAAAUUUUAUUAAAUUUAUCAAUUAAAACCACCAAUCUUUUCUUGUGUGCAAUAUAUUUCAAAAGUGCGUGAUAUGUUGAACCUGCCAUCAAUGUACGUAACAUGAAACAAAAUUCAUUUCUCUCAAAAGAAGAAUUACUCUUACAAUGUAACACGAUCAAACGAAGACAAGAACGUAUUAUUCAAGUCCGGCAACAAUCUAAGCAAAUGUCCGCCGCGAUUCUUGAUAAAGUGAAACGAGAAGCGCAGAGACAAUGUGAAGAGAUUGAAAACCAGGUUCUGUCUGAAAUUCGGAAUUACCACCAAAAGGAACUCGAAUACAGCAGACAACAAUACGAAAAAUGUAUAUCAGAAAUCAAUCAACGGCACUAUCUGCAACAAAUUAAUAUAAAUAACAGAAACUCGCAAACUGUCGGCAAGAAAACAUUACAAAAUUCUAGCCCUGUGAAAAGCGCUUCGAGUACCAACAAUGAUGGAAAGAGGAAUAAACCUUUGGAACAGAAAUCAAGUUUGAAAUCUCUAGAACAACACGCAAGCACUGCUAGAAAUACAAAUAAAAAAUUGAACGAAAAGAAAGUCAGAUUACCAAGUCCAGAGAAACCAUCUCGAAAUAUAAUUAUCGAUUCAGAUGAUGACGGUGUGAGACACACGAUACUGAAUUUUCGAAAACAUUCGCCCGAAGUGAAGCAUUUGAAAUCGUUGCAAGGAGACGAUAACCGUCCUCGAUGCCGAAAAAAAUCACCUUGUUCAAAUACUCAUAAACCUAAACUGAUUCAUUCUAAGGCUAUAGACGAUCACGCUUUGAUUAAUGAUAAAUCGAGUAAGACACAAAUUGACGAAAUGUACAAUCACCUGGUACACGAUCGAAUCCGUAUUUUAGAGCAAAAGGACAAAAUAUUAGAUCGGCAAACAAUGUUUUUACCGAACGGCAUCAGCAUGACUGAAAAAACGCCUCGAUUCUCCGAAUACUUCGCUCGUUUUCAUAGAGCUAAAAUAUCAUCAACUGACAUCAUUUCAUCGAGUACUUCUCGCAAAGAAAAUGAGAUUAAAGGAAUUAUGAAUGACAUGGAACGAGUAAAAUUGAAAAAGAAAUUAUUGAAAGAGGAACUAAACCAGCCAAAAGAUGCGAAUAAUUCAAAAACUGUUUCGUUGACGGAAGAAACGCAACACGAUAAAAAACAAGAUUCGCCAGUAAGCAGUGAAAAACCGAUAACAAAUUCUAGUUCGAAUAAAAAUUCUCCUCCGUCAAACAGCGACGAUUCAUCUAAAAAAAUAUCACCUCGAAACAGGCUGUGCCCUUCUCCUAUACCCAAAACUGCAAUCAAUGACGACGACACCUCUCGCGAAUCGAACAAAAAGUUGAAAAAAUUACCAAAGCAUCGACACUGCAGACACAAAUCUCGUCAUCAAGCUAUUCAAAUUACUGUCUCGAAGGAUAAAAAAUCUGUCAUCUCUACUUUCAACGAUAACAUCUCCAAUACUCAACAGAAUGGUACGAAUAGCUCGAGCUCGACUAGUAAAGAUUUUCAGCAAAAUGUCACGCAACCGGUUAAAUUGGUCGUUAAUGUUCUUCCAUCCGCCGACUGUAGAAUUGAGAUAAAAAAUAAUACCUCGGAUAAACGAUACGUGCGCGGUACUUCUAAACAGCACGCUGAAAAAGUUAAAGACUGGAGGACGAUAUUCAAAAAUCAAGACAAAUUAACCGAAUCUUCGUAUUAUAGUCCUCCCGAAUACAACAAAGCGAUUGAGAACAUCUCUUCCGAAGAAUAUGAACGUCGAGAAGUAACACCACCAUCUUCCACGGUAGCUCCAAAAGAUAUAGGUUUUUAUGUACGUAAACUGCUAUUAAUGAGUCCGGAAAGUAUAGAUAACUUGAAUGUUUCUUCUUGCAAUACAACGCUGAUAGACGACUCGUCGCGAACCACUUCGAUUGAUUCGAAUGCUACCGAUGACAUUUCUCCUCAACGCCAGAAAGUUUCUCCAACUGAGACAGCGCCGAAGAAAAAUCAACUCCACGAUGCUGGAAAUAAUCACGACGAUACCGAACACGUUAAGCAGUUGUUAUUCAAAUGUUUAAAACUCGCGACCGCCAAAUCCGAUGAUAUAAAUUUGACAACUUUUAAAUCGAUCGACUCGUCUUGCGAUAACAAAUCAUUCGGAAAUUUUCCCAAAGCUUCCGAGUUGAAUGAUUCUAAUACUUCUUACGAGAACUUCAUCACAACUGCGAUUCGAAGAUUGUUACCUUUAUAUCAGAACUCUCUCGAUGACAAUCUAGACUACACAGUCCAUUCGCAGCAAACAUUAAAUCGCACCGAAGACCAAUCUGAAGUUAAUAUUUCGAAAGACAGCGCUUAUAUGUCCACAUCAGCUUAUCUACACAAAUUUGUCUCUUCCUUGUCCAAUGCCUCUGAGAAACCCAAUGCUGAAAAUCGCGACAUUAUCGCAUACUUGAAACAGUGCAUUGAAUCGCAAUCAUCGCCGGAGAAAGAAAAUAAAAUACUAGAAGAUUCGUACGACUCUGCCAACGACGUACCAUCCAAAGAUGCUAGUUAUACAUCAUUACCGUCGGUUGACGAACUCAUUCGGAAAGGUUUAAUUAGUAAAGCGUACGCUUUAGACGACACACAAAAUGAACCUAAAGAAUUUAUAGAUGAAGAAGAAUUCGUCAGAAAAAUGCUUCAAGUUAAUUUCACCUCGAAAGAAUCUCAUUCCAAAGAUGAUGGUGACCAGAGUAAGAGCAACGAUAAUGAUGAUCAUCAAUCGGAGCCGGAUGAUAAAUACGCCACCGAUAUUAGACGAGAAUUUCGUAAAUUGGGAUUGAAUUGGAUGGAUACGACUUUACAGCGGACCUUGCAAGCGUCUGUUAUUAAUUCCACCUCUAGUGCCGAAGAUAGUGCCGGACCAUUACGCAGUAAUACUCAUUUUUCUUCAGGUUACCAGGCUAGUAUUAGUUCGAAUCUUAUUAUUCCGCAACAACAACCAAAGCAACAUUCUCGAGAAGUUUUAAAUAUUUCACCGAUUACUGUUCCUGAUUUGCAGUUGAGCGUGCCGCAGUGUUUUAGAAAAAAUUGACGGUUUCGCUGUGUUUCAAGUAUUAUUAUUUUACUCCUGUAUAAGUUUUAAAAAAAAUUAUCUACCAAUUAUUAUUAAGUUUGAAAUUAUUCCCAGUGAUACGAUUCAUUUUUUCGCUCAGUUUUCUUAUAUGUGUUUAAUUUUAAGUUGACAGUAUUUUUAACUACUAGUUUAUUCGCCAAGACACGAUGGUCUAGCGUUCGUUAUUCAUCUGAAGUAUUUCUACGAGCUUACUUUGAAAUUUACAGUGAUCUUAUGAAUAAUUAUAUUUGUGACCUUAUUGCAAUAUUUUUAUUAUUAUUUACUCUUUUGUUAUAAUUAUUUUAAAAGGCGUAUUAUCUCGACAUGUUUUUUAUUACUAGGCGAAGACACUACAUUUUGUUAAGUCCUUAUUGGUAUCUUCAAUCCAAAAUAAUUCAACACAGAUUUACAAUCACCGAAGGACUUAUUAAAUAUGUGACCCGCUCUGACAAAACCGACCGUUUCGACAAAAAAAAGUGUCCAAAAUAAUGAUGUUUAAAAUGAGUUUUAAGGGUUGAAAGAUCAGAUUUUUGAGAAAAAAACAUUUUUUGAAAUUUUGUCGAAAUGGUCGGUUUUGUCAGAGCGGGUCACAUAUGAUGUGUUUCGGAGCUUCUAGCUCGAUAAACAUUCCUUUAUUCUUAUGUUUUAUAAGACACAAUAUUCCGUCCUCAUUUUAAAUGUAGUGCGAGGAUUAAAGAUUAAUCAUCUGAACAAAAAAAAAAUUUCCCAGUGUUGGAACAACUGUAUUUUAAUAUGUAAUUACACGAAAAAUAAAAGAUUAUCAAAUUUACAA